UUUUUCCUGUCACCUCUUACCCACUGUUAGGGAUCCACACACACGACCUGGACUCUGCGCUGUUGUCACACUGGGAAUUAAUCACGCGAUUAUAUGGCUGGAUUUUUAUACUUGACGCACUAAAAAUAGAGCAGAGGGGGAGAUCCCGCACAUUAACAGGCGUUACGCACCAGAUCCACAUCAGAUAUGUGGAGUUUUACUAUCUGCUCUGAACCCACAAACAACAGUCCGUGAAACUCCGCCCUUGAGCCAGAGUUGACCGACUUGUUUCAAGAUCCCAAAGCGCUUUGUAGGUCCGGGUUGGAGGGUCACCGCCGGCGCUCCUACACGUGUUAUUUCACACUCUGAGACCUCAAACAACCAAAUCCAUUCAUCAGAUCAACCGUGACUGUAAUUGUUUAACAAUAUGUUCGGCUGCUGAACUCUCCCCAACCCGGGAAGGAAGUGAAAUAUUGGACCCCGAGUGAGACGCACAAAGCUGGAAGUUGUUUCUUUUUUUGAACUAUUUCAGAUAAACAUAGCGGAGAUUUGGCACAUAACGUUUCAACUAAGCCUCUCCUUUUUUUCUUUUGCGUAAAACAAACCGUUUUAGGCCAGUCAGUCUUUUUACGCAACACUUUGGAGAAGCGCUGGAAGUUCCUCUGUGAAGUUUCAGGGGUUUAAACUAAAGUAGCUGAGUGUGAAGCUUCUGCUCCAUGAGUUUACUGGGAAGAUUUGAUGAAUAUGAGCGAGAAACAAGCUUUGGGAGACACCAAACCGAACGAGGAUUUGGAGAACCAUGUCCAUGUGGAGGCGGGGGACGCGGCGAAGCUGCCCGGAGAUGAGAGCCAGCAGGACGGCUACGAAGUGCUGCAACCCACCCGGCUGUACAGACGGCGCUGGAUGAUGGUUCUCCUGUUCAGCACGUACUCACUGUCCAACUCCUACCAGUGGAUACAGUACGGCAUCAUCAGCAACAUCUUCAUGAAGUUCUACGGCGUGGCAGCCUUCACCAUAGACUGGAUGUCCAUGAUCUACAUGCUCACCUACAUUCCCCUCAUCCUGCCGGUGACCUGGCUGCUGGACAAGAAGGGGCUCCGGGUCAUCGCGCUCUCCGCCACCGCGCUCAACUGUGCCGGGACGUGGAUCAAAGUGGUCAGCGUGGCACCCAACCUCUUCCCCGUCACCUUCCUGGGACAGUUCUGCUGCUCCCUGGCGCAGGUCUUCAUCCUGGGGAUGCCCUCCAAGCUCGCGUCGGUGUGGUUCGGUUCGGAGGAGGUGUCCACCGCCUGCUCCAUCGGAGUGUUCGGGAAUCAGCUCGGAUGUGCCAUCGGGUUCCUCCUGCCUCCGAUCCUGGUGCCCAACGUGGACGACAUGGAUGAGCUGGCUCAUCACAUCAGGGUUAUGUUCUACAUAACGGCAGGAGUGGCCACUUCACUCUUCAUCCUGGUCGUCUUCGUUUUCCAGGAGCGUCCUAAGCUGCCUCCGACUCAGGCCCAGGCCAUGGCUCGCAGCAUCCCACCAGAGCAGUACUCGUACAUCGCCUCCAUCCGCAGGCUGCUCCGCAACCGCUCCUUCAUCCUCCUCAUCGUCACUUAUGGUCUGAACGUAGGCUGUUAUUACGCCGUUGGGACGCUGCUGAACCGUAUGAUCAUCGCACAUUACCCUGGAGAAGAGGUGAAUGCUGGAAGGAUCGGCCUCACCAUUGUCAUUGCAGGGAUGGUCGGCUCGCUGAUCUGUGGUAUUUGGUUGGACAGAACGAAAACGUACAAGCAGACGACCCUUGCCGUCUACUUAAUGUCUCUGGUGGGGAUGAUCGUCUAUGCAGCCACACUGAGUCUGGGGCACCUCUGGGUGGUCUUCAUCAUGGCAGGAGCUCUUGGGUUCUUCAUGACUGGCUACUUGCCUAUAGGCUUUGAAUUUGCAGUCGAACUGACGUACCCGGAGUCAGAGGGAACCUCCUCCGGACUCCUCAACUGUUCAGCGCAGGUGUUUGGCAUUAUUUUCACCAUCUGCCAAGGGAAGAUCAUCGACAGCUUCGGCACGCUGGCGGGAAACAUCUUCUUGUGUGUGUUUCUUCUAAUAGGCACAAUAAUGACAGGUUUAAUCAAGUCUGAUCUACGGAGGCAAAAAGCAAACCAGAGGGUCAAAGAAGCCGCGGAGCGGCAGAAGCUGGGACAAGACUACGGAGCCACAACGCUAUUCUCCCAGCAGCAGACUCUUCCUUCUCAAGCCUGAUCAAAUACACUUUUCUGCUUCCACAAAAAAAAAAAAAAUCUCCUCAAAUCUUAGCUCAACACACAGAUGCACAAAGAAACCUUCUGACUCCCACACUGGAAACCUGGAUGCACCUUCGAUCAUCAAAGAAGCCCAGUUGUAGACGUAUGCACAAGCACUAACUCUAAAGUUUCAAAAGUGACCUGUUUCCUGUUACAGUGUGAAGUACCGAGAGUUAGGAAGGGUUAGAUACACUGUCAUUCUAGGGAAAGUUAGAUGCACUAGGUUCUACGACUGAAUAAGCUCAUAAAAUUCACUGAUCAGGAAUGUUUUUUUUAAUAUUUAAUGUAAAUUAAAUGCUUUUACUAAAUCAGCAAGACAAAUCUGUGAAACAUUUUUGCAUUUCCAGUUUUAUCUGUCAGUAUUUUUUAAAGUGCACAGUUGAUCAUGUGAAGUAAAUUAAAAGACAGUUGCCUUAAUAAAUCGACACAACUGUUGUCUUGGUGUAUUUGCCCAUGUAAAUGCAGUGUGCAUGUUUUAGGAUUAAAUCAGGUAGAAGGAUUUCUAAUCCAUGGUUGUCCACUCUAAGGGACUUUUAUUGGAAGAACAAGAAAACAUGAUGAACUGUAGCUGUGUAGUUGUAUUAUAUUUGUAACACUAUUCAUGUUUACUUAUUUAACAUGAAAUAAAGCUUUUGUAAAGUUUA